UGGACAGAGGCCCAAUGUCCAACAUCAACUGAUCACUAACCGUUUCCCAGGGCUUCCCUCCUUUCCAGAACCCUCCAACCCAGGGUGAGAACGCCGGAAUCAAUGGAAACUCCGGAGAUCUCACAGGGAUGUGGGAGGCAAUCCAUAAAAUCCAGGAAGCGCAGGACAGCAUUGUCAAAGCGUUUGAGUCCACUUCCACGGUGGUGAAAGCGCUGAAAGACAGUAAUGAGCGCACCCUGCGCAGCGUUGCCUCCCACUCCACGCGAAUCCAGGCCAUGGAAAAUGGCAUGGAGAGGACUCCGUCGAGCCCUGCUAUGGCAGUGAACGAACAAAAAGCGAGAGCACUCCUCGAGGGGCCAUCCAAGGCCCAGACAUCGAUGACCCUGUUCGGUUCCCCAAAGAAGGCGAAUAAUGACCGCCUCUCCUUGCUCUCCACCGAUACUGUCAAUCGAAUGAUGAAGGAGAUGGCUGAACGAGUUGCCGCCCUUGAGCGGGAAAACGGUCAGAUGAUGAACGACAUGCGGAAACUGAAAGAGGAAUUUACCCACGACUUACGCCUUCUGAGGAAGGACGGGGACUGGGUAUGUAACAAGGUGAAGGAUUUAGCCGAUCGUCUCUAUACAGUCGAGGGAGACUGUACGCAGCUUUGGCGCAAGACGCAGGGUCUUGAGCUUCGCGGUGACACCAGCGGCAAUUACCCAGCAUGUUACGGCAGCGAACAUGGCCUUUUUAAAAACAAGAUUCACAAUCUUGAGGCUCGGUGCGAUUCUCUCAAGAAGAAGCUGGGGGAUUUUGAAGGCAGGCUGAAUUGGCUGCAUGUUCCUAGCAAGCCGAUAAUCGCUGUAGGAGAGCAUGAAUCUGAUCCUGCAAUCCGCCAGGCCUUGAAGGAUAUUACUACUCCACGAGAGGACCUGGCCGAUAUUGGCACCGCUCGUCUGCCCAUGAGCGUGACUGGAAGCGAAGUUUCUAGUAUCCGCUCGGCAUUAGCUGAGACUCGGACGAAGGCGAUUCAGGACCAAGUCUCCAACAAGGCUGCCAUUUGCAAUCUGGUACAAAGCGUCGGAUUGCUUUGGGAGGUGAUGAUGUCAAUUGACACUUCCCAUACGCUGCAGGGAAAGAAGCACAGGCUCGAUGUGAGUGCCCUCCCCUAAUGAAGACCUUGACCAUGUUAUCCCGAACUGCUCCGCUGGACGCCACGAGCACACAUCUUUGAAGACCUGCGAGCACACUCGCUAACACGAUUGCAGGUUCAACAAGCCAACACCCAUGCUUGGAAGAGCAACCUUCUCAACGCGAUCCCGAAAG